GAAAAAAAGCGUUAUGUAUUCGAACUUAUGUAUCAUGUAUGGAUACUCAAGCCAGAAUUUUACUUACACGAAAUGGAUUUGAUUUAUCAUCAUCACCGCCUCAAGCUACUUUUGAUUAUCCAUCAUUCACUCAUAAAUUUAGAAUUGAUAAUUUGGCUAAUUUUAAUUCCGAAUAUUUUGAUUUAAGUCAAGUUCCCGAAAAUUAUUCUCACGAUCUAAAUUAUAAUGAUCUGAUUGGUUCAAUUAUCAAGUUACCUGGAGCUUCGAAAUCAGAAUCUCAUGUGCAAUUAUUAGAAAAACUUUUUAGUGUUCAAAAACGAUUAGAAAAUCUAUCAAUUAUUGGUAAUAGUAAUUUAAAUUCUAAUUCAUUAUUAUGGGUUAUCGUCAAAUUAAGGAGAUUUUCAUUUGGUUAUGAAAAAGGAUUGGAUGCUAAUAAUUUAUUAUGUAAAAUGGCCGAAAGUGUACCAGAAUCACUUGAAUCUAUUGAAAUUAGAAUGGGAAUGUUUAGAUCUGAAAGUUUAAGAAAAUUUUUUGAAGGGUGGUAUCGUAAAGGAUGA